AUGUAUAGUAGUCGACCUCCACUCGCUUAUAUGAUCUAUGUCUCGAGAACGGCUCAUCCAUUUCUAAAUAUCAUCGUGUUAUUUUUAUUCGAUACAUGCUUGAAACGUGAAUAUAGUGACGUCGUCCUUCAAUUCGGCAAACUAAAAAGAGAAAAUCAUGGCGUUGUAGAUUCAAGAGUAUCCGAGAAAAGCUCAAUUGUUAGAAUCAAUGUUGGUGGCUGUCAAUUUGAAAUCCAUUUGUCCAGUCUCAAUGCUUUUCCCGAAUCACUAUUGGGUGAUGAAAAUAAACGAAAAAUCUUUUGGAAUACAGAUCGACAAGAAUACUUUUUCGGUCGACAUCGUGCAUGUUUUGAAGCAAUUUUAUAUUAUUAUCAAUCAAAUGGACGUCUUCGUCGACCUGAUCACGUUCCAUUAGAUAUAUUUCUUGAAGAAAUUAGAUAUUUUCAAUUAGGUCCAAAAGCACUUGCGCAAGUGGUAGAAUCAGAAAAUUUACGUGAGAUUAAACCUAAGAUAAUGCCUAAUGAGCGCUGGCGUCGGCUUAUUUGGCAACAUUUGCAAUAUCCUGCAUCUUCAAUAUUAGCACGUGGGAUCUAUAUUAUUUCAAUGGCUAUUACUCUUCUUUCCAGUAUCACAUUAGCUAUUGAAACUUUGCCAAGUAUCAAAACAGAUUUGUUAGGUCUUUGUUUUAGUGGAACAAAUCUUAACGGCUCUUCAACAUACCAAUUUGUGGCAGGUUGUCCGAGAAUAUUUUCUACAAUGCCAUAUUUUACUAUUGAAAGCAUCUGUGUUUCAUAUUUUACAAUCGAAUUUUUUCUUCGUUUAAUCAGUACUCCAUCGUAUAAAGAUUUUUUUCUGUCAUUUAUGACUUGGGUCGAUAUAUUAGCUAUUGCUCCCUAUUAUUGCAUUGUGCCUUUAUUAGCAACCAGUACAAGCAAAGGUGUAAACCUGACAGUUGUACACAUAUUUCGUCUCUUACGUGCACUGCGUACACUAAGACUUUUAACCAUUGUUCGAGAAUUGAGAUCAAUGCGUGUUCUUGGUAGAGCUUUGAAAGAAUCAAUGUUUGAUCUUGCAGGAGCGGCUAUCAGUAUAACUACCAUAGCAUUUCUGUUCGGAUCAGCAGCUUAUCUUGCAGAAGAAAAAGACAAUGCAAAUUACAGCUCGAUUCCAGCAGCAACUUAUUGGGGAAUUAUUACAAUGUCAACCGUUGGUUAUGGUGAUAUUUCUCCAAUGACAUGGCUUGGCCGUAUAAUAGCUUGUAUGUGUGCAGUUUUUGGUACGGCAACGAUGGGUAUGGUUAUUUCUGUUCUUGGCGAAAGCUAUCAACGUGUUUAUAAACAACAGACAUAUGACCCUAAUGAACAAGAACCAUUAUUAGUCGAUUGGGAUCGCAUGAGUAACGUAGAAGAAGAGAAAGAACAAAAUAUGGCUAAAAACCUAGCGACUCGAUCUAAACUUAAUUUUUCUAUUUCAAGCAAUGAUGGUAAUAUUGAUGAUCACUUAGCCAAUCUGAUCAUUAAGCAUUUAAAUGAAAAAGUUAUUGAAAUACAAGAAAUUAUUCGCAAAGACAUUUAUUUACAAAUGAUUGAUAAUGAUAACCAAAAGCCAGCAGAUAGCAGUGUUAAUACAUCUUUACGCUACUUUCGAUUAUGA